AUGGAAGACAAAACUGCCACUGAAACUACUGAAACUACAGCCACAGCCACAACUACAGCCACAUCUUCAACAACUAACGGACUUCCUGAACCUUGGACCAUUCGUUACUCUCGUUCUAAGAAACGUGAAUAUUAUUUCAAUCCAAGUGAUAAAAAAUCACAAUGGGAAGCUCCAGAAGGAACAGAUGAAGAAGCUUUGAAGAACUUCUUUUUGGAAAACCCAAUACGUGUCCAUUGCAAGCAUAUUUUGAUCAAACACAAAGAUUCAAGAAGACCUUCAUCACAUAGAAAGGAAACUAUCACAAUCACAAAGGAAGAAGCUAUUAAAGAGUUGACUGUCAUCCAAGAAUCGUUGAAGAAGGAUCCCACCCAAUUCGACAAGUUUGCCAAAGAAAGAAGUGAUUGUUCUAGUUUCAAGAGAAACGGGGAUUUGGGAUGGUUCGGUAAAGGUGAAAUGCAACCAAACUUUGAAAAGUCAGCUUUCAGCUUGAAGAUCAACGAGAUCAGUGAUAUCGUUGAGACUGAUAGUGGUGUUCAUUUGAUCCUAAGAGAAGCUUAA